GAAAAGUAUAAUAUACUUUUGAGACGUGGACAAAUCAAGGAACAAGUUAUGAUGGGACAACAAGAUGGAGUUUCUAAUGGUGGAAAUACACCGAAAUAGAAUAAAAUGCUUCAUAAGCAUACUAGGAUGAGAAAAGCUGUGGAGGAUCCAUUCGGUGGUCAAUAUGAGGGUGAUGAAGCAACAUGUCGUGCACAAUAUAUGGGUAGUGAUGCUGCGUGUGCUGACCAGUUGGGUAUGGAAGAAGAUGAAGUUGUGAAUAAGCACGUGGGUUCAAAAAAGAAUGACUCCCAAGAAAACGACCAUGAUAUGUCUAUUCCGCCACAGGAUACAUCGUCUGACGAUUACAGUGACUAUUACCCAUCAGAUGAUGACAAACUCCUGAAUGAAACUCCGGUGCUUUUAUCCUCUACCAAAAAACAUCAAUAGGACGCAAAGACUUGGACGAGUUCGGCCGGCAUUAUCUGAGGAAGAUGGAACAUAAGUGUAAUUGGUGUGGCGCUUUGCACUGGAUCGACGAACGAAGGAACGAUUCCUAUUUGAUGAAUCAUGUUAUUACUAGAUGUUGUAGCAACGAAAAAGUUAGAUUGCCAGAUCUUCGUGAGCCUCCUCCGGCAAUAAGGGAACUGUUCGAAGGGGAUGACAAUAGUUCAAAGAUGUUCAGGAAAAAUUUAAGGAGAUAUAAUUCCGCAAAUGCCUUUACGAGUCUUGGGUGCCAGUAUGACAAUAGAGCUAAGAAGGGAGGUGGUCCUGAAAAAAUUUCGAUACAUGGAGAGCUGCGACAUUAUAGCAGUUGUUUGGUACCUGCGGAGGAGAAUAAGGCAAGCUAUUCACAGCUAUUCUUUUAUGAUCCGGAGAAAGCGCUGGAUAUACAACAACAAAACAAUCUCAAAUUAGAACGUGAAGUGCUACGUAUUAUAAAAGAUACCUUGAGAGCUAGCAAUAGACUCUAUCCCAAGUACGUUCAGGCGAAAGAGAUAAUGGAGAGCAUACCAGAUGUACCCGGUACAAAGGUAAAGGUAUCUUUGCAUUUUAAUUCAGAAUCCGACCAGCGAAGGUACAACGCCCCGGUUGUGGAGGAAGUUUCGGUUAUCGUACCUGAAAAAGAGAAUGACAUACAAAGGACUCGCGAUAUUAUAUUACACCUGAAAGAGGGUCACAGUUGGACAAGGAUAACCGAAUGCCAUCCUCUUUAUCUGCCGCUACAUUAUGUGUUGUUCUUUCCUUAUGGUGAGCUGGGUUGGAGCUGCGAAUUAAGACUCUGGGAGGAAAGCAUUAAAAAAUUUGGAAUUCGUGGUGGAUACUUGGGCUUCGACCGAACAGAACCGUUUAGGCUGGAUAAGGUUCAAUCAGGAUAAGUUGCGUGCAGAUAAUUACAGUUCGAUAAUCAAGAUGAAGGAGGAUGGGAUAUCGCCGGAUCAGGGGGGUACACCGUGUGUUUUUCCGUCUACGCAUGUCGGAGGACCAAGGCAGAUGCAUGAGAUCUAUCAGGACUCCAUGGAAAUAACGCGCUAUAAUCAUCAUCCGGAUAUCUUUCUUACCAUGACGGCGAAUCCGAACUGGACAGAGAUACAGGAAGCACUUUAUCCUCACCAGACUGCAUCUGACCGUCCAGAUUUAGUUGCGCGAGUAUUUGAGAUGAAAAGAAAGGCGUUGCUGGAUGAGAUAGUCGAAAAGAAGGUGUUUGGGGAUGUGGCCGGGUACGUGUAUACCAUUGAGUUUCAGAAGCGUGGAUUGCCUCAUAUGCAUUUACUUAUAUAUCUUGAGAAGUCGCAGAAAAUACGUACAGUUGACCAGGUAGAUAUAUACGUGUCAGCCGAAUUUUCCGACGAGCAGAGUGACCCGGUCCUGUUUGAUACGGUUAGAAAAUGCAUGGUCCACGGACCCUGUGGUGACAGGAAUAAAGAAUCGCCUUGCAUGAAAAAGGAAAAUGCACCAAACAUUAUCCUAAGAGCUAUAACGAUACGACUUGCUUAGACGGAGGUGGGUAUCCGGUUUAUCGUCGCAGGAAUAACGGCGUAGAGGUGGAUGUUCGCGGUGGGCGUAAGGCAACCAACAUUGACGUUGUACCUUACAACCCGUAUUUGCUGCGUAUGUUUAAGCUAUAUAAACGUCGAGGUAUGUGCUGGGAUAAGGGCGGUCAAGUACAUCAACAAGUACAUAUACAAGGGGUAUGACAAAACAACAUUUGUGAUUGGAUCGGCUGAUUAGAUACAAAUACACAUUGACGCAAGGUACAUAGGUCCCCCAGAAGUUGUUUGGCAUCUCUUUGGGCACCGUAUGCACAAAGAAAUACCCCACGUGGAAAGGUUGGCAAUACACCUUAAAGGUAUGCAGAGAAUUGUAUAUGAAUCCGAAGCAUCGACCGAAGGAGUUACACAGACAACUGAGAAUUAUAAAUCUAAACUGAUGGCAUACUUUGAGUACUAUGAUGAGAAUCCCGAUGCACCUUCAUACACAUGUCAAGAAUUUUCGCAGCAUAUGGUGUGGAAAGCAGAUAAAUCUAGAUGGGAAGUAAGGAAACAACAGUUUGCGAUAGCUAGAAUGUACUUUGUCUCUCCGAGCGCCGGUGAAUUGUUCUACUUGAGAUUGCUAUUGAAUGUUGUAGCGGGCGCCAGGUCGUUCGAACAUUUGAGGACUGUGAAUGGCGUGCUACAUCCAACCUACAAAAAAGCAUGCAUUGAGCUUGGGUUAUUAGAGAGCGACGCCGAAUUUGUAAAUUGCCUAAAGGAGGCAUCAACUGUUCAGGUAGGAAGCCAGGUGAGAAACCUCUUUAAGAUAAUCCUGUCGGAUGGAAAUCCAGCUGAACCAGAAUUGUUAUGGAGAGAAUUCAAGAUGCAUAUUUGCGAUGAUUUACAUCACGUUAUUAAAAGAAAGUGUGGCAUCCCAGAACCAACAGAUGAGCAGAUUGAAGACUACGGACUUGACCUGAUUGAUAAAUUGUUGCGUGAGGGAGGGAAGGAUAUGACGUCUUUCUGCUCGAUUCCUAAGUCUGAGAUUGACUGGGAUAAUCUUUAUGGAAACUGUUACAUACGCGAGCAUAUGCAAAUGAUGACAGAAAUAGAUAAGGAUCAGCUUAAGCAGAAUAUUGCUAAAUUGAAUGAGGAGCAGCUUGCAACUUUCAAGGCGGUGACAGAUUCCGUGGAGCAAAAAGACGGGUCUAAAUUCUUUCUGAAUGGUAGUGCAGGGACAAGAAAGACAUUUGUCUACAACGCCAUUGCUGAGAGCUGUCGUUUGAAAGGAGACAUUGUUUUGACUGUUGCAUCAUCCGGAAUAGCUUCUUUGCUUUUGGAGGGAGGCCGUACUGCACAUUCAACAUUCAGAAUUCCUAUAGAUAUAACAAGCACCGACGUUUGUUCAAUAGCUAAACAAAAGGAAGAAGAUGAAUUUAUAAAACAGGCGACUUUGAUUAUAUGGGAUGAGGUGUCGAUGCAGCAUAGGCAUUGUAUUGAGGCGGUAAACAGGUUGCUCCAUGAUAUUCAUGAAAAUAAGAAAGAUGACUUCGGAGGUGUUACUGUCGUCAUGGGAGGAGACUUCAAGCAGACUUUUCCAGUGAUACCGAAUGGAGGCCGGGAAGAAAUAGUGGGGGCGUGCAUCCGGAGAUCUUAUUUAUGGGAUAACAUAAAGGUUUUGACACUCACCAAGAAUAUGCGGCUGGAUAUGCAAGAACCGGAAAAUCGAGCGUACGCGGAUUUCCUACUCGAGGUCGGUUCCGAACCAGUCGACAAAGUUGAUCUGCCAUCAGCUGUGAACGUAUGUAAAACCAGAAGAGAGCUAAUAACAAAGAUUUAUCCCUGCCUCACAAAAACACAAAUCUGGAGAGAGGAUGAGGCGUGUUACGAACAAGUUUCGGAGGAGGAACUAACUAACAGAAUGAUUCUCACGGCACGCAAUGAUGAUGUUAAUGAGAUUAAUGUCGAGGCACUUAAUUUUUUGGACGGAGAUACACACACAUAUCUAGCAGCUGAUAGGUUGACUCCCGAAGAAAGUGGUAGGAUACAACCUAUAAGCAAUGAAUUUCUGCAAAAUCUAAACCCUCCAGGAAUGCCUUUAUUCAAACUACAACUGAAAGUUGGGUGUCCGAUAAUUCUGAUGAGAAAUAUCGCUCCCUCGGAGGGACUUUGCAAUGGAACAAGGUUGUUGGUGACGCACUGCGGGAAGUAUCUUAUACAAGCAAAAAUUCUGACGGGAAAGAAGAGCAAGAUCGGAGAAAAAGUGAUGUUGCUAGGAUAUCAUUCCAGCCCAAUAUUUCAGAGUUGAACAUAAAUAUGCUGAGACGCCAGUUUCCGAUUCGGUUGGCAUAUGCAAUGACGAUAAACAAAUCUCAAGGAAAGUCGGUGCAACACGUUGGCAUUGACUUGAAGACACCUGUGUUUUGUC